AUCGCGCCGACAGGCAGUGAAUGCAUUCGUUUAGAUGAAAGAUGGAUGAGCUAUUCAGUGUUUUCGAGAGUACGGGCGCUGCCGAAAAGUCUGAGGACGGUAAUGAUGCUCCGUCCAAGUCAUCCUCCAAGACAACGGACGAUAUCGUCAAUGCGAUUUUGCAAGGCAAGCAUAAAUCGGACGAGACCGAGGAAGUAUCCAGAAAGAGAAUUAAGAUCCUGCAAGAGUACAACCCCGAUGACUACGCGACUCGCUGCACGAUUCAUCGUGUCGAAACCGUGGACUCGUGUUCCCACGAGGUUGCCGUGCCCUCGGGUCAGGAGUUCACGCCUCUCGAAGUCAAAGUGGGCGCCCCAGCUCGAGAAUACCAGUUCGUCCUGGAUCCAUUCCAAAAGGAGGCGAUUCUGUGCAUCGAAAACGAGCAGAGCGUUCUCGUCAGCGCUCACACAUCCGCUGGAAAAACGGUAGUCGCGGAGUACGCCAUCGCGUUGGCGUUGAAGAACAAACAGAGAGUCAUCUAUACGACUCCUAUCAAAGCGUUGUCCAACCAGAAGUACCGUGAAUUCUACGAAGAAUUCAAAGAUGUCGGUCUGAUGACAGGGGACGUGACCAUCAAUCCGACGGCGUCGUGUCUCAUCAUGACAACUGAAAUUCUCCGCAGUAUGCUUUACAGAGGCAGCGAAAUCAUGCGCGAGGUCGGUUGGGUCAUAUUCGACGAGAUCCACUACAUGCGGGACAAGGAACGGGGAGUCGUUUGGGAAGAAACAAUUAUCCUGCUGCCAGACAACGUCCAUUACGUGUUCCUUUCGGCUACGAUCCCCAAUGCGCGGCAAUUCGCUGAGUGGAUUUGUUAUCUCCACAAACAGCCGUGCCAUGUCGUUUAUACCGAGUACAGACCGGUACCGCUGCAGCACUACAUCUUCCCCGCUGGCGGGGACGGUCUCCAUCUGGUCGUAGACGAGAAGGGUGUCUUCAAAGAGGACAACUUCAACUUGGUCAUGACAACUCUACAGAGUGCCGCCGGUAACGCCAAGGGCGACGCAGGACUGAGGGGCAAGAAAGGCGGCUUCCGGUCCGAUACCAACUGCUAUAAGAUCGUCAAGAUGAUCAUGGAGAGAGAUUACAGUCCGGUGAUCAUCUUCAGUUUCUCGAAGAGAGAGUGCGAAGCGUAUGCCACCCAGAUGAGCAAAUUGGACUUGAAUUCGGCGGAGGAGAAGAAAUUGGUCAAUGAAGUUUUCAACAAUGCCAUGGAAGCAUUGAGCGACGAAGACAGAGAGCUUCCUCAAGUGCAGAACGUCUUGCCAUUAUUGAUGAGAGGGAUCGCGAUCCAUCACGGCGGUUUGUUGCCGAUUCUCAAGGAAACGAUUGAGAUUCUAUUCAGUGAAGGAUUGAUAAAAGCAUUGUUCGCCACCGAGACUUUUGCCAUGGGGCUAAAUAUGCCGGCGAGGACGGUUCUCUUCACGAAUGCGAGAAAAUACGACGGGCAGAGCUUCCGUUGGGUUACGUCAGGAGAAUAUAUCCAGAUGAGUGGACGAGCCGGCAGGAGAGGACUCGACGAUCGGGGUAUCGUCAUCCUGAUGAUCGAUGAGAAAAUGAGUUCCCAGUCUGCCAAAGACAUAGUGAAAGGAGCACCAGACGCCAUAAAUUCUGCUUUCCAUCUCACUUACAACAUGGUAUUGAACUUGCUGCGUGUGGAAGGUAUCAAUCCGGAAUACAUGCUGGAGAGAAGUUUCUUCCAGUUUCAAAACUAUGCUUCGAUACCUCAGCUGUACCAGCGUCUGGACGCACUGCAAGAACAGUACGACAGUAUGCAGGUUGAUCGAGAGGACGAAGUGGCGGCUUACUUCAAAGUCGAUCAGCAGCUGAGCAAGUGCAAGAACGAACUCCGGAGUUUCAUCUUCAAGCCCCAGUACGUGGUUCCGUUCCUUCAAGCUGGACGGAUGAUUCACGUCAGGAAUAAAGAGGACGAUUUCGGAUGGGGUAUCGUUAUUAACUACAAAAACAAGAGGAUACAGAGCAAGCAACCCACAAGCAUUCUCGACCAAGAAGACGUCCAGGUGAUCGUCGAGGCUCUGAUCUACGUCAGUCCAGGAGCAACGGAAGCGGAAUCCAUCAAACCAGCGCCAAAAGGAGUGAGGGGAGAGAUGCAAGUCGUUCCGAUCCGUCUGGACUUGGUUGAAGAGAUCUCAUCGGUCCGCCUUCUGUAUCCGUCCGAUCUCCGACCGCUUGAUAACAGGAUGAGUGUGCUCAAGUCCAUUAAUGAGGUCGAAAAACGAUUCCCCCGAGGAAUUCCCUUACUCGACCCAAUCGAUGAUCUUGGUAUCAAGGAAAAAGAAGCCAAAGAACUUGUGAAGCAAAUCGCCGCUCUGGAUGAACGGCUACGCACUUUGCCUCUGCACACGGAACCGGACCUGCAAAGUUUAUACAAAGCUUAUUUGGCGAAGCAAGGUGUCGCGGAGCAGGUGAAGCAGUGCAAGAACGACAUUAAGCGGGGCAAAAGUCUGCUGCAAAUGGAUGAACUCAAAUGCCGGAAGAGAGUUCUUCGACGUCUCGGGCAUUGCAACAACGCAGAUAUCAUCGAUGUGAAGGGUCGCAUCGCUUGCGAAAUCAGCACUGCGGACGAACUUCUUCUGACAGAAAUGAUCUUCAACAACGUUUUCAACGAUUUGAAUCCGGCCCAAUGCAACGCUCUCUUGUCCUGUCUCGUUUUUCAGGAGAAGAGCAAUGAGAUGCCGAAAUUAACCGAGGAUCUGAUGCAACCUCUGAGAAUGAUGCAGGACAUGGCCCGCAGGAUCGCCCAGGUGGCGCAUGAUUCGAAACUGGAAGUGAAUGAAGAGGACUACAUCGAUCAGUUCAAACCGCAUCUGAUGGACGUGGUGUACGGCUGGAGCAAGGGUGCCUCGUUCGCUCAAAUCUGUAAGAUGACGGACGUUUUCGAAGGCAGCAUCAUUCGUUGUAUGCGCCGGCUGGAGGAGCUCCUACGUCAAAUGGUCCAAGCGGCGAAAAGCAUAGGGAACACGGAGCUGGAAACGAAAUUCAGCGAGGCGAUCCGUCUGAUCAAGAGAGAUAUCGCCUUCGCGGCCUCGCUCUAUCUGUAAAGGUAAGGAUGUGGAGGAUGAUUGUAAAACGACCAUCUGGAAGGUUUUCUCCAGUCUGAUAGUUCCCGUUAUUCGCUUCUUAUUGACACCGAGGACCGAGAGGGAUGGGGUUGCGAAGACCUGCGCGACCCCGUUGAUGUAUGACUGCUUUUGUACAUACGUAAACGCAAGAGGGGCCGACCAAUCCAUGCAAGUAGUCGGAAACAGAGAGAAGUAUUGGGAUCUUCAUGCUUCGGAGACUUGCAGUCAAUCAUUCUCACGGAAAACCGCCUGUCUCCAGAAU